GGGAUGCACCUCACUACGUGGUCAAUCUUAACGCCUUCAACUCAGAUGACCCAGCUACUAGCAAUUCUGCACUGGACAGUCUGGCUACCUUGCCGGUCGGCGGCCCCCUGCCAUCUAUCAGUACUCCCGGCACUAUUUCACAUGAUGGAACGUCGUCCCCGUCAACUUCGAUUCCUGCGACACAACCUUACCUCAGACCAAUGGGAAGAAGCCGAGGUCGAGGAAGAACACGUUUCAACCCGGUUCCUCUUGACGAUGUCAUGGAAAAGAAAAUCAUGACAUUUGAAGGGAGGGACUGUGUGCAACAUUUAGAAGAACUUCAGAAACUUUUCCCGCGCUUUAAGCGGGCUCAUAUCAAUCGUGUUUUCACUCGGAACAUGCUGAACUUUGACAAAACGUUUCAGCAGCUUAAUGAACAAAACAAUAAGGAAAUAGCCAAAGUUGCAAGCGUUCGUUUGGUCCAGGCGAACAAACCGGAUACAAAACGUCCGGGUCCGAAGGGGAAGUCUGAUAUAACUCCACUCAACCCGCAAAGUUUUUUGUACUUGGACGUUCCCCUCGGCCGAUGUCCACCACAUAUUGCCAGCACCCUUUACCGAAGGGUCAUUGUUAAUCCUGACGGUUCAGUAGAGUCAGCAGAUGAACACGAAAACCGCUAUCUUGAUAUGAAUGGUAUUAAGGUUAAGCGGCCGCUUCUUCCGCCGGUUCUUCCGCCCCCGCCCAGACCUACCCAAGAC